ACAUAAAAGAAUACAUGUACGUAUAUAUUAUUGGGGGAAUAAACAUAUGACUCUGUCUGGUCCUAAACCCUAUCCUUCGUUUCCUGGUCUAAUAAAAAAUAGUAACAAUGUCCCUGAUCCGCCGCAUCAUGCUUGGUCGGCGCAGCUUCUGCACCACCGUGGCAAGAAAAGCUGAGGACAUAAUGAAAAAUCCAGAUUGCCGUUCUUGGCAGCUAAGCUGGAGAGUCAGCUACCUCGCCAAUUCUAUUGGCGACUUAGACACGGCAGCUAGGUACUCUCGUUUGGCUGUCUUCAGCAAACCCGACGACGAACCGGAGGUCACAGUCCAUACAUGUGAAACCAUCAUCGGAAGCAUGGUGCGUGCUAAAAGACACAAGGACGCUUACGAUCUCUACGAUUACUUCUUCAACAAGCAUACGCUCAAACCCAACAGCAGAUGCUGCAACCACAUCAUCGAGUCUCGUCUACAACAAGGUCUUGUUGACGAAGCUCUUGAUUUCCACCGAACCGUCAAGAGUAUGGUUCCUGACCACCCAAGUGAAGCUAGUUUAAGGGUAUUGACUAAAGGUUUAGUCCAUUCUGGUCGAUUUGACCUAGCUCAAGCCUUGCUUAAGGGCAGCUCUGAAAUGUUUCCUGAUCACGUCGCGUUCAACAAUCUGAUUAAAGGGUUUUUGGAUGUUGGGAAUUUAGACAAGGCCAAUCACUUGUUUGAACAAUUCAAACGAUCGUUGUCUUCUAGUAUUGCUAAUCACAAGUUUACAUGGGAUUUUUUCUAUCGAGGAUAUCCACGAUAUGAAAACAGAGUCGCAUUCCUGAUGGUCACAUUCAUGGAGUACUGGUUUAAGCAAGGUAAAGAGGUGGAAGCUAUGGAGUGUUACAACCAGUCUGUUCUUUCAAACAAGUUACUUGUUUGUCCAGAAACUGGCAACGCCCUUUUGGAAGUCCUGCUCAAGUACGGACAAAAAUCACAUGCUUGGGCAUUGUACAAUGAUAUGUUAGCUCAAUGCACAACCUGCUUGGACUAUGUUACGGUUCGGAUAAUGGUGAACGAGUGUUUUGAUAUGGGUCGGUGUAGCGAGGCAAUCGAGACCUACUACAAGGCGACAGCCAAGGUCAGCUACUUAAGUAACGAAUACAUUAUCUUAAGGUGUUGCGAAAACGGUAUGUUGUCGGAAGCUGAGUCUCUCCUUGCGUAUUCAAUUGGUCGUGGUGACAAAUUCAUUAAAGCCACCACUUUCAAAACUAUCAUGAACGCUUAUAUCAAGGCCGGAAAAAUCGAUGACGCUCUUAAAACCUCCAACACAAUGUUUGACGUGGCUCUAAAGGAAGUCUGCGAAUGGUUUAACCCACUCUAACGUUUUUUCUUUGACUAGUAAUGAUUGUUAU